CUCUCUCUCGGAUUAAAUUUGAACUUUAGUUGGACUUUUAAAGUUUUGGGGGCAACUCAGCCGUUGCCGUUACUGUAACCUUUGACGGUUAACUGACUUUUGAAAAUAUGGCAGCCACUCGAGGGAAAUAUUUCCAUCUAUAUUUUGUGUCAUAAAUCAAGUACAGUAGUUUGUUUCAGACAUCAUUUUGACUUGAUCAAUUUGUCUGCGUUUUAAUUUUGUCCAGUAAAAUCUGUCGAUAAAAUAUAGGAGUCGGCAACCUGUGACAAAAGCUUUAUUAACUUUCUCUUACUUUUUGGGUACUUUCCCAAACUUUUAUUUCACCAGAUGUGCGUUUUGUGUCGUGUUAGCUUGUGAAAAAUUUCCAUCGUCGAUGUGGAGAAUGUGGGGUCGCCAUGUUGCAGCUGCCUGAAUCGGGCAGCCAUUACAAAUUAACCGUUCGAGCUGAGUCCUCGUUGAAGGAGCGUUUUUACGUGCAUCCGUGUUGCGACCAUCUGAAAUUCAGUUUCUCCCAAAAUACAUUUGGACGAAUAAUUCGCUAAUUCCCAUAUGAUUUGGGGCGAAAGGGCGACGACACCCUUGACUGGUCACCAGUCAGUUGGUGGCAGGUACAGACACGGACAACCACUCGGGCUCACAUUCACAUCGUCACCGAGUGGAAACGAAAUCCACGCUUAGUGCAUUCAAGUGGGGCAAGUCACGAGAAAUCGACGUUCGUUUUACAUUUCUCUCACUCAAAUUUAACAUUUCAAAAAUUGUAUUAUGGCGAGUCAUGAAGUUCAACGUGUUUAAUUUAACAAGAUAUAACUUUGUCAUGUAUUUUCAGACUAGUUUUCACCAAGCGAAUUUAAGAUGUACAUACCCGUUUCCUUGAAGUAGGACUGGUCGGAAUCAAAUUGCAGAUAUCCUAAACUGAAGUUACAGGCUCUCCAAAUGAACAACAUGAACAACCACAGGUCAGCCGUCCGAAUGAGGGAUGCCAAACGCGAACUUGAUGAGAGGAAUCUGAAGUUUUCACGCAGACGCACUGGUCCAUGUUUUGCUGAGUAGCCAUUGGUGGAUGAAUACAAGUGGAGGUCAGAAUCAGCUUUCAUGGCCAAGUGUGGAACAACAAAAGGAAGUUUUCUCCUUGUUUAUCAUGAGAGAGCUGAUGGAGACAGAAAAGGCCUACGUGCAAAACCUGCGGAAGUGCAUGGAUACUUACCUGUUGGAGAUGACUGGCGGCAAGGAGGUGACCCCUCCAGGAAUCCUCAAUAAGCAGCACGUCAUCUUCGGGAACAUGAAGGAUCUUUAUGAAUUUCACAAGAACAUCUUUCUCAAAGACCUCCAGAAACAUGAACACGUGCCAGAAGAGAUUGGCCAUUGUUUUGUCAAAUGGGCUGACAAAUUCCAGAUGUAUGUGGAUUACUGCAUGAACAAUGCCGACUCCACUCAGCUCAUUCUGGACCAUGCUGUAGACUAUUUUGAUAAAAUACAGCAGAUUCACGACUUGGAACAGCCAAUCUUAUCCUACCUUAUUAUGCCCGUGCAGCGAAUCACAAAAUAUCAGCUCUUGCUCAAGGAGCUGCUGAGUUCCAGUGAUGAAGGCAAGGUCAAGGAUGCCCUGGACGUGAUGCUCAGCAUUCCCAAGAGAGCCAACGACGCCAUGCAUCUCUCCAUGCUGGAAGGUUUUGCUGAGAACGUUGAGUCUCAGGGCGACCUGAUCUUUCAGGAGACCAUCGAGGUGUGGGACUCAAAGUGGCUGUUUCACAGGGGUCAAACAGGCCACCUCUUCCUCUUUCAAAAUUGUCUGGUACUGUGCAAGGAAGUCGUGGAUGGCAGUCGCCAGAACAAAUACAUAUUCAAGCGCAAACUAUUUACGUCCGAGUUGGAGGUGGAAGACCACAAAAGAGACCCCUGCAAGUUUGUUGUUUGUGUGGGACACACACGGUCGUCGAAAAAGAUUGUUCUGAAGGCAUCCAGAAGACAGAAUCAGGAGGACUGGGUCAACCGGAUCAAGGAGGUGAUCCGAGAGCGCUCGGCGUACCACCACAAGUGCCUUGUGAAGGCACCUGACAGCAAAGGUACCCAUGGCAACACCGGCCACCACGACGCUGCAGCAAAGAGGAAGGGGAAGAGAGUCCCACGUCAGUGCCCCUUCCUCAACCAGGCAGAAAUCGACAUGGGAGGGGUGUCUGGCCAACUUGGGGGACCCUGGCUAAAGUGUUCCAACCGUGGCUUAUCUGUAUAUUUGUAAAUUUAUAAAAUAUAUUUUACAAAAUAAACUGCCAUUGGCAAGUAUACACAAUGUUUUUGUCCUUAUUUUAUCGUACGUAUGUUUGUGUGGACAUGGAUUUAAAGAAAUUAGGAUUUGGCACAAGAGCUUUUAUCAUCUUGUGUUUCUGAUGCAUUUGGCAACUCCCUUCAGAGGUUUAUAUAUGAUCAAAAGAAGGAUGACACUUUAUAGCUCUUAAUAUUUUAGAAUUGUCCAGGUUUUGAUCUUCUUCAGGCAUGAAUUCAUCUCAUUUUUACUAUUUUAAAGAAUAUCACCUUUAUG